AUGAGCAAGGAUUGUACAACUACUACUAUGACUCCCACCUCAACAUCUGAUCUGAUUUGCUGUCAGUGCAAUCAGAGGAGCCAUAAGAGGUCCCAGUGUCCUAGCUUAGCAGCAGUAGGGAAGGUGGCAGCACCUGCCCCUGCUACAUUGAGGAUUACAGACGAUCGUCAGGGUCGGGCUGAGGCGCCAGUGGCAAAGAGUAGAGCGUUCCAGAUGACAGCAGAGGACGCGCGAGCGACUCCUGACGUGGUGACAGGUAUGAAUCUUCCUCUUAUAUCUGUUUUAGUAUUGAUUGUUUCUUAUGAUUAUGUGUUUGUCAAGCGGUUUAGCAGAGAUCCAGGGGAGCUGGAUUGCCUGCUUGAGGUUGAGAUAGCUGAUGACAGCACCGUCAGGGUCGCGAGAGUACAUAGGGGGUGUUCGCUGCGAUUAUUUGAUGAGCAGUUCUCAGUGGACUUGGUUCCUAUUCCUUUGCGAGGGAAUAAGGUUAUAGUGGGUAUGGAUUGGCUGAGCCCCAACGGGUCAGUGAUUGAUUGCGAGUUGCAGUUAGUGAAGGUCCGCACUCCUAGUGGAGGAAAGAUAGUGAUUCAAGGCGAGAGGCCACAACGCGGACCCAUUCCUUGUUCAGCAGCGAGAGCGAGGCGCUACUUUCAGCAGGGAUGCACGGGGUACGUCGCCUAUGUUAUUGAUGCCCGGGAGAAGGGUAAGGCGACCGUUGACGAUGUACCGAUUGUUGAGUUCUGGAUUGACCUGGUUCCUGGUGCGGCUCCGAUAGCCAAGGCACCGUAUCGGCUGGCUCCUCCCGAGAUGCAGGAGUUGUCUACGCAGCUGCAGGAGCUGCUAGACAAGGGAUUUAUCAGGCCGAGCAGUUCAUCAUGGGGAGCCCCGAUCCUGUUCGUGAGGAAGAAGGACGGGUCGCACCGUAUGUGUAUAGAUUACAGGGAGUUGAACAAGGUAACAGUGAAGAACCGUUACCCACUUCCGAGGAUAGAUGAUCUGUUUGACGAGCUUCAGGGAGCAUCUUGGUUUUCCAAGAUUGAUUUGCGCUCCGGAUAUCACCAGAUGCGGGUCAGGGAUGAGGAUGUGCAAAAGACCGCUUUUAGGACCCGCUAUGGUCAUUAUGAGUUCGUGGUGAUGCCGUUUGGGCUCACCAACACUCCAGCCUCCAAGACUCAGGAGCAGCAUGAGGAGCACUUGAGGGAGGUGCUUGAGACCUUGAGGAGGGAGAGACUUUUCGCAAAGUUCUCCAAGUGCGAGUUCUGGUUGCGCGAGGUGCAGUUUCUGGGGCACCUUGUCAACCAGAAGGGUAUAUUGGUAGAUCCGGCCAAGAUUGAGGCCGUGAUGCAGUGGGAGGUCCCGAGGUCUCCAUCCGAGAUUCGGAGCUUCCUGGGUUUGGCAGGGUAUUACAGGAGAUUUAUCCAGGAUUUCUCAAAGAUAGCAGUUCCGCUCACCCGACUGACCAAGAAGUCGGUGGUGUUUCGCUGGGGUCCUGAACAGCAGACGACCUUUGAGACGCUCAAGCAGCGAUUGUUCGAGGUGCCGAUUCUUACCUUGCCAGAGGGAAUGGAUGACUUUGUAGUCUACUGUGACGCUUCGAUCACAGGUAUGGGUGCAGUGCUGAUGCAGCGGGGGCAUGUGAUAUCUUAUGCCUCAAGACAGUUGAAGCCUCACGAGGCUAACUAUCCGACGCAUGAUUUAGAGCUGGGGGCAGUAGUGUUCGCCCUCAAGAUUUGGAGGCAUUACCUCUAUGGGGUUCGGUGUACUAUUUUCACGGACCACAAGAGUCUGAAUUACCUCAUGGAUCAGUCGAGCUUGAACAUGAGGUAG